GUCAAUUUUCUUGCUCAUGGCUCUGAAUAGGAAGAACGAAAGACGGAACACGCAGACGCUCACUCCACAGUUUCGGCCAUUCCUUAUCCGGGCCUCAACAUACAAAGUUUGUCUGCUAACCGGAGAUGCCGGCACAGAUGGAACUCAUCUCUAUCCACGCUACCCAGAUUUAUUGGGCAAAAGAUACGUAGGGCCAUACAUUCAUUUAUGUCCUGAUUUUGCGUUUGUCGUGGAGGACGAGGAAGGCGUUUGUGGCUACAUACUAGGAGCUCUUGACUCGCGAUUGUUUUAUGAGCAAUAUACAGAAUGGCUACUGAAGCUCCUGAGCGAGCACAAACUACUGGAGAAGAACAAGGAGGACUUCACUGCUGAAGACUUCCGUAAUAUUUUGCAUUGUGGCUUCAGUACUGUAUCGUUUGUGUGUGCAGAGUUUGGUCUAUGAUAUACACACGGAGGAGCUGUUUUUACCAGACGGACUUUACGAUCAGUAUCCGUCUCAUUUGCGUAUUGAUUUGAUACCGAGAGCUCAGGGCCUCGGUGUCGGAAAGCGGAUGGUGCAAGGCUUGCUGUCUGCACUAAAAACACACGGAUCUACCGGCGUCUUUCUCGAGAUGGCUUCAAAGAAUGAUGCCACACGACGGUUUUAUUAUAAGCUCGGCUUUCACGAGCCUCUAUUGAAAGAGGGAACGAUAGUGCCGGACGAUACUGCCAUUUUGGCUCGAAAAUUAUAGAAUUGGUUAAUGGGUUGUAAAUGGAGAAGGCACAGGGUUUUGGUUCUUCUGAUUGGAAGUGUUCUAAUGAGAGAAAUAUGAAUUUGACCUUUCGGUUGAGAUUGUUGAACUGUA